GAAGCGUGAAAGAAAAUUGAUGUUUGUAGGCAAGGAGCCUGCUAAACGAACUUGUAACAUCGUUUUACGAAUAAAAAUAACAGUAAUCUUGACAAAGAUCCUACAGUAAGCAUGCAGUGUUAUUCCAGCUUAGAAUGCCAUGUGAUGAUUAAUAAGAUUUAAGUAUUUCAAACUUAAAUACCAUGGAAACUAAUUUCAAGGAAUAUCACAUUUCAAUCGUAAUUUGUAUUUGAAGAAUUACAUGCUGAGAUCAGAAAUGAGAUAAAAUUCUGCACCUCUCUAGACGAGUUUAUAUUUUUCCUUUAAAUGCUCGGAGUAUAUCAUUUUUGAUAAAUGGACGUGAAAAUUUAUUGUAAUUAUUGUUGAAAGAAUGUGGCGCAUACAUCGAAAGAAAAAUAAUGUAUGCAUAACAAUACUAACAUGUGUUUGUUUAGGAAAUUUAUUACUCUACAUAGCCUUUACCAAUCUACGGGCGGAAUAUAUAAAGAUAAAACAUCACUCUGAUGGGCGGAUACAGACUAAACUAAACGUAAAAGAAACAGAGGAUGGCGAGGAACAUGAAAGAUACAUCGUUAACGAACCAUUUAAGUGUAAUCAACGAAAUGUGGAUCUAAUCAUUGUUGUUUGCUCAAGUCUAGAUCAUUUCAAACAAAGAAAAGCUAUUCGAGAGACAUGGGGAAAUAGUGCAGAAAAUGAAAGUGUUAAAUUAGUAUUUUUAGUAGGAACAUGGUUACAGAGUCGGUUUUCCAAAAUAAAUAUCACAUUUUCCAAAGAAAUUUCAACAUAUAAAGAUAUAGUGCAAGGCGAUUUUAUCGAUUCGUAUCGAAAUUUGACUUUGAAAUCGAUAUACAUGUUGCAUUGGGUAAAGACAUAUUGCAGCCAUGCCAAUUUUUUGUUGAAAACAGACGAUGAUAUGUAUAUAAACAUUCCAAAUUUGUUUAAAGCACUUAAUAAACAGAUUUUAACGAAAUUCCUUAUGGGCAAUUUAAUUAGUGGAGCUAAACCCGUGCAAGAUAAAAGCUCCAAAUGGUAUACACCGAAAAAUACAUUCCCGGAAGUUUACUAUCCACCAUAUUUAUCAGGAACUUCAUACGUCAUUUCUAUUUCCGUUUUAUCAGAACUUUAUAAUGCUACGAAAUCAUCAAAAUACUUUUGGCUGGAGGAUGUAUUUAUUACUGGUGUUUGUGCCAAAGCUGCAGGAAUAUUUCACAUUCAUCGGAAUGACAUGACAUUCAAUACGCCCGAACCAUUUGGUUGUUCAUUAAAAUCCUUAAUAUCUGGACAUAAAAUUAAAUGGCAAAACAUGUACUCAGUAUAUCAGGCAGUUAUAAACGAUGAUCGCAUCGUCUGUGAUAAGUCUAAAUAAAAUUACAGUAUAA